AUGACCGACGGAUCUACAGUCAGUGUCGCUGUGAUUGGCCCUGCAGCCUAUAUAGAUGUCAUCGAUCAAGGCCUUCUCAGCAUUGAUGCGGCCAAUGCUCUUCUGAGAGCGUAUCGAACGACCCUUGCACCGUACUGCCCGUUUGUCAUAAUCCCACCACAAAUAGAUGCCGAAAAGCUGCGCCGAGAAAAGCCAUUUCUUUUCCUUACGAUUAUCAUGGCCGCGCUGUACAAUAACAUGCCUCUGCAGCGCAAAUUAGAGAAAGAAGUAAAGAAGGCUAUUUCCGAACGCAUGAUGGGUGGUGGAAAGAUUACAUUUGAGGUUUUACAGGGUCUUUUGGUCCACAUUGCAUGGUGCCAAUAUCACUCCAGGCCGCGUCGGUACGCUCAGUAUUUACAUCUUGCGAUAAGUAUCAUUACUGAUCUACAACUGAAUCGAUCCCCCGAACAUCGAUUUUGGACAACCCGAGUCAGCUUCGAUGGUGAUGACGACAAAGACACAGUAUCCUUGGGGCGAGAAGAGAAACGCGCUGUUAUUGGAUGCUUUUAUUUCUCAUCUGCAAUCUCUCAAAUCCUUCAAAAGCGAUUUUACCUCCCAUGUUUACCAAUUCUCGAAAGCCUUGGUAUGAAAUUAGCAACGGAUCCGGAAUAUGCGUCCGAUAAAUAUCUUCUUCACAUUAAGUAG